AUGGGAGGACCCGUCCGCUUGUCAGCCGCGCGGGCCGGCGGGAGGCAGACCCUCUCGGGCCACCUGCUGGUGCGGAGCCGGAGUCGCGGGGGGAAACCAGCGCCGAGGGCGUGGGACCGGGCGGCGCCGAGCCGAGGCUGCAGCCGCGCGGACCCGGAGCGCCGCAGGGCUCGUGGCGGCCCACGGCGGCAGGAAGGCCCGGGGUGCUCCCGGGGCGGCGGCACACCCGCAGCCGAAGAGGCGAAGGUCCCGAAGGGCUUCCGGCCUCGGGCUGGGAAGGCGAGGCAGCCGGGGGGCCGCCGGGGGGCCGGGGCCGGGCGCGAGGGGGCGGUGGCUUCCCCGACGGCGCAAAAGCGCCGGGCUUUUUCUCGAAAUGACGGAGGCCACGGCGCGGCCGUGCGGGACGUCCAGCGGGCCCUGACGCGCUCCGAAGCCAUCCCAGAGAAGAGCCGAGUCCCCGCGGCCGCAGAGCCCGUUCCGCGCGGGGCAGCGAAUCCCCUGCGCUCGGCGGCCGCCCGGGGCGGGGGCGGGGGCGGGGGGGCGCAUCCCGGGCGUGGCGGCCGAGACGCCUGGGCGCGUGCUCUCCCCCGUGGCCUCAGGUGCCCUCCCGGCGCCCCCUUCUACAGGUGGGGCCACCAGGGUCCGUGGCCCGGGAGCGGGAAAGAGGGGGAAGGAGGGGCGUUGGCGAACCCCACGCGCGGGCUGGGCGACCAAGGCCUUGCCGAGCGGAGGAGGGGACCCCACUGGAUUGCGCACCAGAUUGCCAGUCUUAAUGAUCAUCGCGGAGUGCAGUGGUCGCUGGAGCUGCCCGGCUGGUCUGUUCUGAGGAAAGGCUCCGCAGGGGGAUGGACCCAGCCAGGGAAGGCUCACACCCGAGAGGGACUACAGAUGGCACUCACUACCAGAGGUGGAAGUCCAAGUCAAGAGCGUCUGUCAGCUGUACCCAAGGUGAUCUCAGCAGCAGUAAGUACCUGUGGUGGAUUUCCGGGCGAAACGGAGCCGGGCCUUCUUAGCUGAGACACCAACAGCUGGCUAAAGCAGUGUUGGAACAUCCAGGUAGCUGAAUUCCAAGGGGAAAUACAAAUAUUAUCCACCAAGGGGCGCCUGAGUGGCUCAGCGGG